AUGAGCUAUGCGCAUCUAUUCAAAGCAACUGGUAUCGUGCCAACAGUGCCUACUGUGCCGAUUAUUAUAGCUGGGGACUUCAAUCUUUCGGCUGUUAGUUUGAAAAAGGGUGUUGUGGGUAAAUGGACGAAUAAAGAUACCCCAAAGUGGGUGCGAGAUUGGUGGCAGACGGCAGAUGUCAAGUUGAUUACACCAACUGAAUGGCGACUGCUGGAUAGUAAUACUUCGUGUACGGCGCCAACCCGUCAGAUGGACUAUAUGUUGUUGAUAAAUCCUAAAGGAUGUGACUGGGACAUCAACGUUACUGUAGAACCUGCAAUGAGACACAACGAUACGAGCAACAAUUGCUGUCAUCCCUUGGUUGCGUUCAACUUAGAAAUAUCCAAGAAGCCAGCGAAAUCAGAAAAUGCUGAAGAAUCUAUUCGCCCUUUAAAGAAGGACACCAAGAAAUCCAAAAAAGACAAGGAUCCCAAUGCUCCCAAGAAGCCAUUGAAUGCAUUCAUGCACUUCUCAAGAGAAUCCCGACCAAAGAUUAAGGAGGACAAUCCGGACGCAACUUUUGGUGAUAUUGGAAAGUUGUUAGGUGCUGCCUGGAAGAAGUUGUCUGACACGGCGAAAGAGCCAUUCGAAGCGCUCAGCAAGGCGGACAGGGCCCGGUUUGAUAAAGCAAAGGCGGAAAACUCCAUAAGUAAAGGUAGUGCUUCAAGUAGUAGAGCUUAG